GUGCACACUGAGUACGUACAUCCCGUUAAAGUUAUCUUUCAAUCAUCAACACAGAGCAUCACAACCCUUUUCACCUCUGCCUUCUGUGGACACUUAAAGCAGGGUCCGCAUCAACAGGAGCAGACAAGACAGGGACUUCACAUCCACGGACCCACAGCCCACCUCCCAGUGACAGAACCCUGAUGACAAACAAGGGUCCAGCUCUACCAUGAAAUCCCCCUCAUUUUGCCUCAGGCUCUUCCUCCUCAUCUGCCUGGCCCCUCUACUGUUCUUUCUGGUGGGACAGGGGAGUGGGGGUGGGUGGGGUCCAAACUCUGACAGAAGCCACAACAACAUCACCAUCCUGCUGUGGCACUGGCCCUUUGGCCCCUCCUACAAUUUGGAGGGAGACGUGUGCUGGAACCGGUACCGUAUCCCUGACUGCCGCCUGGUGGACCAGCGCUCUCUCUACCCCAGUGCUGACCUGGUGGUCUUCCACCACAGAGAGCUGAUGAACGGCCAGGAGCGGCUGCCCCUCCACCUUCACCGGCCAAGGCACCAGAAGUGGGUCUGGCUCUCUCUGGAGUCGCCUGACAACAGCAGAUACCUGAAGCCCUUCAAUAACGUGUUCAACUGGACCAUGUCCUACCGCCGCGAUGCCGAUAUCACCAUGCCCUAUGGUAAGCUGCUGCCGAAGGACUGUGAUACUGGUAAUGAUAGCAGCACAGAAGACAUUCCCAAAAAUAAGUCCAUUCUGGCCUGCUGGGUUGUUAGUCACUAUGAGCCUCAGCACAGAAGGAGCUUGGUGUACAAGAGCCUGAAAAGAAGCAUCCCCGUGGAGGUGUAUGGUCGCUUGAGAGGGAGUGUUUUGGCCUCCAUCGACCUGCUGCCCACCAUCUCAAGCUGCUACUUCUACCUGUCCUUCGAGAACUCCAUCUCCAAGGAUUACAUCACUGAGAAGCUCUGGCGGAACGCUUACCAGGCAGGGGCGGUGCCUGUGGUUCUGGGUCCACCUCCAGAUGACUACAUAGCCGUGGCGCCGCCCAACUCCUUCAUCCACGUUGAGGACUUUCCAUCCACCAAGGAGCUGGGGAACUAUCUCCGGCAGCUGCAACUGGACAAGGAGAGAUAUGCUGGGUACUUUGCGUGGCGGCAUAGCUAUCAGGUGAAAGUGUAUACAGACUGGAGGGAGAGGCUGUGUAGCAUCUGCCCCCAGUAUCACAGCCUGCCUGCUCAGAAGGUUUACCAUGACCUGGAAGCCUGGGUCAGGAAGUGAAACCACACCCAUGGUUCACUUUGGCAGCUCCUCAGACUUCUGCAUCCUAAAUAGCACCCUUUUCCCUAUGCAGGUCCUUACAUUUGACCAGGGCUCAUAGGGUCUGGUCAAAAGUAGUGCACUAUACAAGGGGAGUGACAUUUAGGACACCUUUUAAAAAUGUGAAGGUGGUCUUCUCUAGGACCAGCUCUUUUCACAUACAUGGACACUUCAGCAAUAAACCACCUCCCCACACAACUAAUGUGUGAGAAACAGGGAAAGUGGUUGAGCAUUUAUGGGUGAUCUGUGUUACACAUGCUGCAUUUCUGUACACAAUAGCAUAUUCACUAAUUGUUGUUACGACACAGGUUGGCAUGGAAAAUAAAAAAUAUUUAAUUGUGUGGUGCAAAAGUUACAAGUAACAUCUUAAGGUUGCACCAGAGAAAUAGCCAGAGUUUCAAUAAAAUUAUCAAAUAUGCUUUUAUUUAUAAACAUGGGAUUGUGUAAAAUCUUUAGCCAAGAGAUUUGAGUCACAUAGAAGAUGAAAUGACUUCAACUACACAAGGCACUAGAUUGUGCCUGCGCUGGAUGGCCAUUUCAGAUUUGUUUUGAUCAAGUCUUUGUAUAAGAGUGGUGAUGUAAUCAGCUCUGUAACAGUGACAACCAUUAACAACACAGGUCCCUGAUCAUGUUAACAUAAGUACCACUUUGGUUAAUCCCUUUACCGCAAUGGCUACCAUUAGAUUAAAAACAGCUAGUCAACAUAUGCAAUACAGGCAUGGAUAACAAACAUAGCAAGAUUUUUUUAAGACAAAUCAAAAAUUGUAUCAUACUUCCACUAUGAGAGUAUACCUUCUGGACAAGACUGCAAAGAAUAUUUAAAGAAAUUGUAUGUAAGACCUAAUAGAUAACCUCUGGACGAACUGCAACAAGACAAGGAUAUUCAAGAUAAAGGGGAAAAAAUCUCAUUUUUAAAAUAUCAAAAAAAGGUCAGACAACUUUGUGCAAAAACAAUCUCACCGCAGAUAUUCAGAGCCAAGGGACUGGUGGAAUGAAGAGGUAGAAAAUAGCUAGUGGGGAGAACAAGUAUUUGAUAACCUGCAAAAUCGGCAGUGUUUCCUACUUACAAAGCAUGUAGAGGUCUGUUUUUUAUCAUAGGUACACUUUAACUGUGAGAGACGAAAUCUUAA